AUGCAGGUCUACGGGAAGCUGUUCGGACACCGGCGCGUGCAUAUUGACUAUGCAUUUUGUCAGCCAUCACACUGGAAUCAACAGAAAAGCAAACCCAACGAGGAGUGGCAAUGGUGGCAUGAAGUGUGUAGAGAUUUCGAUGCGUUUCGUGAAGAUAAAGAGACGUAAGCUAUACCGAUCCUCUACGGUACGAACGUUUUUGUUAUGGGAGAACAAAUGGAUACCCACUUCCGCAUGUCGAGGAUCCUGCCCUUUAGUAGCCUCCACCUCAUCACGGCCUUGAACAUCUCACUCAGCAUUCACGUUGGUCACGAUCGCGUGAUGAAACUCGAUGAAGAGUGGAAGGACGUUUAUCCAGCAUUCGUUCGCGUACUUCAAGAUAAAUUCACAGCCAUGCAAAAUCUCCGCGCUGUCAUUUACCUGGAUGGGUUUCGUAAACGGUGGAGUAUGCCCGCUCAAGAAGGAGAUCAAAUCAUAUGUCCAUGGGAGGCUCUUGCGGCUAGUCGUGAGUGGAAACUCUUAGAUCUGCAGUUUCCAUGGGGCCAGAUCAACUUCUUCGAGCCUAGAGCGAAUGCCCAGGAAAGGUAUCCCGACUGA